CUGCAGAGAACCAAAUGACAGCAGUAGGGAAAUGAAAAAUGAACGAGUUACCACCAACAAAACCUCCGCGCGGAGUUAAAUAUGGAAAAGAUGAGUCCGGCUGUGGUUUUCUCGUCAAUGUCAUCAAAUCGUUGGGAUUUAGUGAGACAACAGAGGAGCGACAACAGGAGAAACUUAAGAUUGAGAAGGAGUUCAAACGUUCCGAUCAACGCCUAAAUGAAUUGGUAUCACGUCAUGAUCAGCAGUUAACACAAGUUCUGCCGCUUUUCAGCCAAGUGUCUACAGAAAUAACAGCGAGUCGUGAACGCAUUCAUGGUGUAAAGGAGAAUCUGGGUGCAUGCAAACGAUUGCUGCAAUGCCGACGUGAUGAGUUAAAGAAGAUGUGGACAGAUGCGGUGCAGCAUAAAUAUGUGCUGGAAAUGUUGGAACAAAUCAACGAAUUGCGUAAAGUGCCUCAACGUGUUGUCAGUUAUACGACAAAACGGCAAUAUUUGCAUGCGAGUAAGGCGCUUACCGAUGCACUCGCAACGAUACAAGGACCACUUAACGGCGUUGAAGGAUUAGCCGACUUACGUGUCGAUUUACAAUCACGUCGGCAACAACUUUAUCAACGAUUACACGAAGAACUUGUUACCCAAUUGUAUAAAAAUUCCGCCGCAGAGGCAUUCACCACUUUUCAACGUAAUAAUUCCAAUCGUCUGAAUUCAAGUUUUACCCGUGGUAUUGGAGCGCGACGCUCCACAGAUCGCAUCGAAGCGAAUACGCGCAUACGCAAAGCGCUCAUGGAAAUGGCGCAAGGCUUUGAUCUUGAUAAGUCUGAAGUAAUUGAUGAUGCAGACUUAGUCGAUCCAGAGCUGAGUAUGACUUACUUUAUUUCAAUUAUUGUUGAAUGUUUCGGCAUGCUAGGCAAAGUGCCUGAAUCACUGGAAGUAUUACGCGUCCAAAUACAAACCCAACUAUUAGAGGUAGUACGACAGACAACGUAUCAAUUAAUUGCGCUCAACUGUAAUGCCAAUGAGCGCGAUAAUCCCUUAUUAACACUGCUGGAAGUUAUCUUUAAACAAUUCAAAGCUAUUGCAAAAACCCAUGCACUACUAUUAAAAAACUAUUUGGCUGUUGUACAAAAGUAUGCCGUCGUGGGACCACAACCAUACGAUUUAACCGAUUUUUGGGCACAAGCACAGUCUGUGCUACAAUUACUUUUAACCGAUUAUUUGGAUAUACAAAAUGCUUCCGGCGACGAUGCAGCGCAGACGGCAUUCGCUGAGCCAUCCAACAAUAUAAAUUCGUAUUUUUUGCGGCGCAAAGUUCCAAGACACCGAUUUCACCACACUGUGCGUUGCACCAAAAAGUCACUCUUCAAAUUCGAUAAGUCAUCGCAUUAUCCACCGCAAGUUACUGCAGGCGGCACAGUGAAGGAGCAUCGACGCAAUGCUUCUGACGUGUCUACAGAUGAUAAUCUUGCAACUGCUGCACUCGGUGGCGGUGGCAGCGGUAGUGUAAAUGGCAGUGGUAAUUUCGCGCAUGCUAAACAACAACGAGACAAGGUGUUAAUCUGUAAAGCCGACCAGAAUGUGAUAACGAAAGUUUAUUUGCCACUUAUGAACUACAUACAAGAGAUUGAGGGCUUUAUGAAGUGCAAGCCGGGGCAACCCUGCAGCUUACACGAUUUCAUCGACAAUUAUAUUAAGGAUACAUUCCUAUCGAAGGGCCACAAUCGUAAUCUACAAUUAACCAUCGAAUCGCUAUCGAAAAAUCAGGAUGCAUGGCGUACGAUUAUAUCGCCUGAAGAGAUAAAAGCAAUGGGUUUGUCCCGUCCACUACUACAAUCCACAGCCAUGGUGGAGCGUCGUCUACAAGAGACCAAAACUCUCAUACAUGAGUUGCCAUGCUAUUCAGAUGAGCUAUUGAAAAUGGUAUGCGCGUUAUUGAAAACAUACCGUGAGAUAGCACAGGCGGCUUAUCGCGGUGUCGUCCAACCCGAUUCGGAAGAUAAACGCAUAUACAGUGUAGCUUGGUUGAAGGAUGAAGAUAUCAGUCGGUUUUUAAAAACACUACCCAAUUGGACCGAUCUAAAAUCGUCCAGUCAGCGUGUAAAACAUGGCAAGAAGCUGCAACGCAACUCUUUCGAACCGUCGGAGGAGGAAAGUCCACUGCAAGUGCAACAACGCAACGUACGCGAAGCUGAAAUGUUAACCAGCAAUUUAGGUGAAGGUGGUAUUACACAACAGGAAAUUUUAGCAGAUAUAAGUGUGUUGAAAGAAUUAGCUGUGUUGCAGGAGAGCAUAGAGUGGUUCUCUGGUCGUGUGUCGGAGUUUGCCAAUGAGCUGCGUAAACCUUUAGUGAAUGGCCUUAAUGUCAUAACGUCAGAGUGCACAGCCACACAUUCAGCCGCAAUCAAAGACGGCACUAUCAAAGUAUUGACCAAUUUGGCACUCGAGUUCGAUGAACUGGCCAAUACUUGUUUGCUGGUGCUACACUUGGAGGUGCGCGUGCAAUGCUUCCACUAUUUGCGCUCGAAACCCGCCACUAAAUCGAGCAGCUUCAUGGGAGCUAAAGACGAUGACAUACUUGAACCUGAUCGACAAGUGCAAAUGCUAACUAAACGUUUAUCAGAAAUGGAUGAAGCGUUUAGUGCAACAUUGCAUCCGCGUAAAACAAGGUAUAUUUUUGAGGGUUUGGCGCAUUUGGCCGCUCGCAUACUCAUACAAGCUUCAAACUAUCUGGAGCACAUCGAUCAAGCGACAGUGCAACGCAUGUGUCGUAAUUCGAUAGCAUUGCAACAAACGCUAAGCAAUAUAACAGCUUCGCGCGAGAUUGCGCUGGAUCAAGCUAAGAACUUUUACGAAUUACUGUGCAUGGAACCAGAUGAUAUACUUACCAAUAUUGUAGAGAAAGGCUCUCAGUUUACUGAAAUGCAAUACCUGAAUGCACUACAGUUGUCUUGUAAAGCGAGGGGCAUUACCGAAGCCAACGCGUUGGCGUCGUAUCAGCAAAGAUUAUCGGACAUUUUGGGCGCAAAACCCUCUACGGGAAUUGUUGUUUAGAUCUGUUUUCCGCCAGAUACCAGAAGAGUUGCUUCAGCAACAUUACACUAGCUAUUAAGACUGUUCGUUUCGCAUAACGAAAUGCACUUAAAUAUUGAAAAAAAACAUACUGUUAAUGUAACUUUGCUUCUGUGUUAUUACAUAGAUCGUAAAAGGACAUUAUUAAUAGAAAACCUGUGGCUGGAAAUCGCUACAUACAAAUUAAAAAAUUAUACAAUAGUUAAAUGCAUUGAAUAUGAAUAAGUGCACGCAUUAACUCACUCGUGAUUCGCCUGCAACAGUUCGGUUAAUUAUUAGCUAUUAUUAUAUAACAUUGAUACUAUUACAAAGUGGAUAAAAUUAUAUACAUAUACAUAUAUACAUACAAA